UAGGUAGGCAUUCAACUCAGCUCAAAUCAACAACUUCGCGAUCUGACCAAGCUUCGAAUUUAAACCGGCAGCUUGAUAUGAGAUCAAAUCGAUCCAAAGCAACUACUUUACAGUCUAAUGUUCAUGUACCUACAUGUCAAAUAACUGAUGGUGUUUUUGCUAAUGCUUGUGAUCCUACUGGCAAUGACAAUAUGGUCGAUAUUGUGGAGAAUGUGGUUGAUAUUGUCGACAAUAAACAAAAAAGGGUGAGAGGAGCUACUUGUAUGCCUAAGGUUUGGGGACAACAACCGGAUGAACUUGUUGUUGUUUCAUUCAACGAACUUGGACAGCCAAAAGAUCAAGAUAAGACAAGCACUUUGUCUCAUUUUUUGGGUACGAUUGCUAGGAAUGGAAGAUAUUGUCCCCUUAACUAUGAAGAUUGGAGACUGAUGCCUUAUUCAUAUAAGGAAGAAAUGCUUAAGAUUGUAAAGGCAAGAUUUGAAUUACCACCGGGACAUGAAAGUUACAUUUUGAGGUCCAUAAACAAAAAGUGGAGAAAUUGGAAAAGUUCUGUGAAGAGUUUGAAUUUUGAUCCAGAUAUCUCUACUGAUCAACAAACAACCAAAAUACCCGAUCGAGUCAAUGAAGAUCAAUAUAAGUCUCUAGUUCAUCACUGGAUGUCUGAUAAGUCGAAGGAACGAAGCAAAAAGAAUAAAAAUAGUCGUGGUGAGCUAAAGUUGUUUCAUUGUAUGGGCAAGAAAAGUUUUGCUGUGGUGAAAGAAAAAUUGAAGGAAAAACUUGGAAGAUAUCCUACACGAGCGGAAUUAUUUGAAGAAUGCUAUUAUAAGGAAGAUAGUUCAUCGACAAGUGAGGCGGUAAAAGGAGUAGUUGGAAAAAUGAGACAACUAGCUCCUCAAUAUUCUCAAAACAUAGACAAUCACCAAGAUAGCAACAUGUACAAUGAUGAUGAUUUAUUUGCAAAAGUAAUGGGUAAAGAUAAGGAUGGACAUGUACGCAUGUAUGGAUUGGGAGUUACACCAGCUGAUGUUUAUGGGGAAAAACCUAGCCGUUCUACGCUUCUUAGGAAGGCCAUGGAGUACAAAACGAAGUAUUUGGAAGCAAUGAAAAAAUAUGAUACAUUGUCAGCAAAUGUUCACGUAGGUCAAUCAGAUGGACAACUUGAAGCUGAAAGCUUUCCAGAACAGGAAAUUGCUCCUGAAAAAUCUCCAAUCGCGACUCCAAAUGAACAAAAUGAUUCUUUUUAUGUUCCUAAUGCAUUUUUAAGUGAGCAAGUUGGUGCUCAAAGUCCUUCGUUAUCAGUUUCAAAUGAGGAACACUCAUUUAGAACAAGUUCACUUUCUACGUCUAUCAAGGGUGGUUCUUAUGUUGUUUUGAAAAGUCUUGCAAAUAUGAAUGAAAUAGUGGCAACUGGUAUAGUGGACAAGAUGGACCAUAUCAGCGUAAAUGGAAUAGAUUUGGGGCCCGACUUUUGCCAAGUUGUCAUUCAAUAUCCGGUAAACAAAGAUGCAAGAUUAGUUUUACCCUAUAAUCAUAUUCAAACCAUUGGAAAUGCUAUCGGAGUACCAGUUGCUUGGCCCAUAUCAUUGGUCGCUUUGGAUGAUGAAUUUCAUUAUUAAUAAAAUCAAGGCGAUGGGGGUUGAAUCAUAAUUUGAGUUCGUAGUGUAGUGCGAGCAUAUAAUGAUUUGGUAACACGAUGUUUUUCAUCUUUUUUUUUCAAAUAACUUAGGACACUGAAUUUGAUUCUAGAUUUUGUCUCACUAUUGUUUUGUUAGAGAAUUUCUCGUAUCUUUGAAUAUUGUUGUUCUUUGGAGAUUGAUUAUACUAAUACUUUGCCUUCAUUGUUGAAACUUUUGAAUGUUAAUUUUUAUUUCUUA